AUGGUGAAUAUAUCAGCGCAUAACGAGGAAUUUGAUUACGAAUUGUGGGCUCAAAUUUUACAGAAAACUAUGACCCAGGAAUCUGAUGUAAUGCAUGCAAUUUACGUGGCGACCAUGCUCAUUAUAUUCGUUAUCGGCGUUACGGGCAAUCUCCUCACCUGCAUUGUCAUAUACUUGGACAAAAAUAUGCACACAGCCACCAACUAUUAUCUCUUUAACUUGGCAAUAUCAGAUUUUAUUGUAUCCUUCGGAAUAUUACUUGAAGUGGAUAUUAUUUGGUAUAUGCGAAAUUUUUACUUUUUCCAAGACUACGAUUUAGGAAAUGCAGUGUGCAAAAUACACUUUUUCCUAGUAGUUACAUUAUGGAAUAACGGCAUAUUGAUAAUGACUACGUUAGCCAUAGAAAGAUAUAUAGCUAUCUGGCAUCCCUUACUACUGAAGUCUACACCAGUGUUGAGAAGAGUCAUGAAAACAAUUAUCUUAAUUUGGACGAUAGCGAUCCUAGAGACGCUUCCAGAGUUGUGGAACGUGAGUUUAAUAAACACAGAUCAAUCUCCAAUUUGUUUCGUAGUUCCGACACGGCUUGCUAAAGUUAUCAAUGCAGUUUCGGGACUGGUGACUUUCGUAAUACCACUUGGGAUUAUGACAUUUGUGUACUCGAUGAUAGCUUUCAAGGUGAAUGUGCGCCAUACAAGCGACUCCAGAGAUAGGAUUUUUAAUCAUCGCAACAAUAGAAGCAAAGUUAAUAAACUUAUUGUAGCACUGACGCUGUCAUUCCUGGUGUGCUGGCUACCAUUCUUUGCGUUAAGAGUACUUUUAGUUAUGUCCAGCUCGGAGAUGCUGACAAAGUUCGCUGAGCGAUGGGAACUAUGGCUCAGUAUUGCAUCGAUAAAUAAUUGGUUCAGUAUCAUACUAAAUCCCCUUCUAUUCAGUUUGAUGUCAACCAAGUUCAGAAGAGCUCUUAAGUUACAUUUACUUAAUGUUGAUCUCGUGAAGUUGCUCUAA